CAGGGCGCGGGCGCGACGGACGCGGAUGCGUUCGCAAUAUCCGCGCGUCGAGUCGCGGAGCCAGUCGGGCGUCGUGCCAGAGGUGCGUCCGCUGCUCUACAACCUCAGUCUGCUGACCGAGGUGGACGAGGUGAGUCUGGGCGGCAGCUUCAGCGGCGAGGUGGCCAUCCAGUUGCGCGUGUGGCGCGAGACGCGCAGCAUUGUCCUCAGCUCGAAUGGCCUGCGAGUGGGCCCCAAGGUUUGGCUGAUCCGCAAGACCACCGGCGGCCGGGUGACAGUGCGCCGGUUGUGGCAGGUCGUCCGCCUCCAGCGACUGGGCAUCGACUUCAACAGCCUGUUGUGGCUGGGCGAGGAGUACACGCUGGUCGUCCAGUUCAGCGGGCAGCUCUCCCGCAACGCCGGCUACUUCGUGGGCGGCUACAUGGAUGCCAAGCACCAUCCGCAGUGGGUGGCCGUCACCCAGCUGUCGCCCGACCUGGCCAACACCGUCUUUCCCUGCUUCGAGGACCCCAACUACCUCAGCCCCAUCAUCCUCAAUCUGGCCCACCCGAGGAACAGCCGGGUCGUGAGCAUCACGCGGGUGCGAAAGACCGCCGACCACGAGCGGGAUGACUACAUGUGGACUAGCUUCCAUAAGACCCCACCGACUUCUGUCCAGAAGCUGGCCUUCUCCGUCAAUAAGUUCACAGGUCGCAAAUCGCCGAAAAUGGCGAAGUGCCCCAGGGUGACCACCUGGCUGCGAGCGAGAAUUGUGGAUCAGGGGGACUACGCCAUUCGCAUCACGCCCCGAAUUAUCGUGUACUUUGUGGGUCUCUUUGGAAAGCCAUAUGUGUUUGAUAAAGUUGAGCAGCUGGUUCUGCCGGACACAGCCUAUCGGAGCCAUGACCAGUUGGGAUUGGUGAGUCACCCGGAGCGAGUGUUCCUCUACAGCGAACAGCACUCGACGCCGAGGGCCAAGCAGGAUGUGGCCAGUCACCUGGCCCACGAGUUUGCCCAGCACUGGUUCUCCGAUCUCGAGAAUCCCGCCCUCUACUGGCUGCACUACGGCCUGUCCAAUUACCUGGCCGGCUUCGCCGUGGACAAUGUGGAACCCAGCUGGCGACACCACGAGCUGUCCAUGCUGUGGCAGGCCUUCGACGUCCUCUUCGAGGACUCCAGGGCCAGUGCUCAGCCCGUGAGCCUGGCCCACGGCGCCCAUCCAACGGACAUCCAGGCCCACCACAAGUCGGCCCUGAUAUUCCGAAUGCUGCACUCCCUCAUUGGCACCCAGGUGUUUGUCAACGCCAUGCGCCUGUACUUGCGGCGCUCCCGGAAGGGCUUCUCCAACCAGACGCUCCUGUGGACGGCACUCCAGGAGGAGUCGGACCGGCACAUGAGCCUGCGCCAGGACGUCCAGGUGAGCCAGCUGAUGGACUCGUGGACCCUGCAGCCGGGCUAUCCGCUGAUCAGGGUGGUGCGCGACUACGCCGCCAACCAGGUGACCGUCACCCAAGAGCGGUUCCUGCGCAAUCCGGGUGGCGGCAAUGGAAGACGCCAGCAAUGUUGGUGGGUGCCGCUGACCUUCACCUCGGCGGGACGGGGAAGCUUUGCCUCGACGCUGCCCAGCGAAUGGCUGACCUGCCGGACCCACCAGACUGCCAGAGCACUGGUCCUCACCGAGGUGGCUCAGCCGGAGGAGUGGGUGGUCUUCAACCUGCGGGUCAGCACGCCCUGCCGCGUCACCUACGACGACCGCAACUGGCGGCUGAUUGGAAAGGCUCUGGCCGGUAAGAAUGCCAGCAGCAUUGACCGCUUCACCAGGGCCCAGCUGAUCGGGGACGUCCUCAGCCUGGCCGGCGCCGGCGUGGUCACCUACGACCUGGCUCUCGACUUCCUUGGACACCUGCGCCAGGAGAACGAGUUCAUCGUGUGGCAAGCGGCGGCCAGGAGUCUCGAGUGGCUCUACCGCACCCUGCGCAACACCCCCAUCUUCUCCGUUGUCAAGAGCUUUAUGAGAGGCGUGCUGCAGACCAAGUUCGAUGAGCUUUUCGAGCCGAAAACCCGUGCAGCUGCAACGGCCAAAAGCACCGAUCUGAAGGGCAUUAUCCUGACGCUUUCCUGCCAAACGGAUCUGGGAUCCUGUUCGAACAUGGCCCUCAAGGAGUUCGCUGCCGUGACCCUCGAGGCCAAUAGCAUUCCGGUGGAUCAGCGCGAGACCAUCUAUUGCACGGCCAUUCAAUUCGGAACGGAGGCCGAUUGGACCCUUCUUCGGAGGCUGUACAAGCGAUCGAAUGUCGCCGAGGAGCGGAGGAUCAUCCUGGGUGCUCUCGCCUGUAGUCGCGAGAACUGGGCUCUGGAAAAACUGCUCGGCCUGGCCUUCGGCAGUCCCUACAUGCCCAAGGAGGAUGUCUAUCUGAUCUUCAGCGCAGUGGCACAGAAUCCCUUGGGUUUCGCACUGGCCAAGAGAUAUCUAAUAGACAACAUCAAGGCAAUCAAUAAAUUUUACGAAAACAGCAUGGAUGAGCUGGCUCAGCUCAUUACGGUUUUGAUGGAUGAGAUCAGCACGGAGGAAGAGCUCGACAGUCUGCGAAGGUUCAUGAAAAGGGACCUCAAGGACCUGCCGGGCAUCGAGGCCAGCUCUCGACGUAUCCUGGAAGUGGGUCGCGACAAAAUCGCCUGGCACAAGACACAGUACGUCCAAGUGGUAUCAGCCGUCUGCAACAUUACGGGAUCCAUAGAGCCGCAAUGCAUCUUUUAAGUCAAGUUAAAUUUGCCAGCAUCUGCUACAAUUUUAUUUAGAUAAAACCUAUUACUAAAAUCUUAAAAUUAAAAAAUAAAAAUUUAAAUUAAAGAUUUUUUUUUAUUUUAUGUACAAAAAUCAAGUAGUGAUGUAGUAUUUGCUGGCUUUAAACUAUUCUGUCCAUUCUUUUAAGAAACGGUCACACUGUCCAGCCAUUUAGAUGACAUUUCAACCUGAAUACUUUUUGAAAUAAUUUAUUAAAUAAGGUAAUAAACAUAAAGUCCGCUUAAAUCUCUAAUUUUAAGUACCUACAGAAAA